AUGGAAGAAGUGUCCACAGAACAAGGCCCUUCAGAACUUCUUCUUCAGGGAUCAAGGAAUGGUGACAUCAAUUUAGUCAAGGAGAUUUUGGAAGCAUCAAAAGAAGGAAAAGUGACAGUUGAUGUAAAUUGUAAAGGUAAAAGUAAAUCAAAUCUUGGAUGGACACCCUUGCAUUUGGCUACCUAUUUUGGCCACAAAGAAGUUAUUGAACUAUUAAUUGAAGCAGGAGCAGAUAUAAAUGCUGUCAAUGAUGCAGGGGAUACUGCUCUUCAUAAAGCAUCAUUUAUUGGACGAGAGGACCUUGUGCUUCUUUUGGUGGAAAAGAAUGCUGAUGUAAAUAUUCGCAAUGGGGAAGGUCGUACAGCUAAGGAAGUGGGUGUAGAAGGCUGUGAUGCAGUAAAAUUAUUGGCUGCAGCAGAACGUACUGAUCUUCGAAGAAAAGAAGAAGCUCUACUUUCUGCCGCUCGAAAUGGUGAUCUGACUGCCAUCAAUACAAUUCUUAAAUGGGAGAGGCCACCCAACAUCAAUUGUACCGACAGCAUGGGUAACACUGCCUUGCAUUGUGCUUCAUACCGAGGCCAUAAAGAGGCUGCAGUUCUCUUACUUCAAAAUGGCAUAAACUCUACCAUCAAGAACAACAGAGGCCAGACUGCAACUGAUCUCGCCAAGGAUUCUCAGAUGAGCCAAGUGUUAUGUGUUCGUCCUGUAAGACAAUUACAAAAAACUGUUAAUAGAUUUGAAGGACAGCUUUUAAAACGAUCAAGGUUUCUGGGUUGGAAACCAGCUUGGGCAGUUCUUGAGAGAGGAGUUUUAACUUACUUUACAACCCGUGCAGAUGCAACCUCAGGUGUAAAAAGAAGAGACUUCAAGUAUUUAGAUGGUGCAAGAGCUGAGCCAAUAGAUUUAGCACCGUCUGCAUUCCAUGUUCAUUUCUCUGAUGGCACAACUCAUAGACUUUCUGCACCCAUUUCUUCUGAGGACCCUACUGGUCAACUUGCUAGGCAGAAGUGGCUGAGUGCUCUAAAUGACCAUAUUGCUUUUAACACCCACUAUAUGAACCAGGGAAGGGUAUCUGCUGAUAGUGAUGAUGAGGAUUCACACAUUAAACCACUGGGUUCUAUGCAGGAUUCAUUACAAACAGCUUCUGCACGAUAUCAGCUACUUGAGACAAGACUUCAAGAAAUUAGCGGUAUACUUGAAUCUGGUGUAAAUGAUCCAGAUACUGCAAUUCCUCAAGCAUUAAAAGUACUUGGACUUCAUUUGAGAUUUGAAGAACUGACAGAUACUGCCUCAAGUAUGCUCCAUUCUUUAGUCCAUUCUCUGAACCUGAUUAAACAGCAAGAAGAGGUGAGAGUUAUACAAUUAAAGCAAGAACAGGAGAAGUGCAGGGUUCUUGAAGAAGCAUUGAAUGUUCUGGCCAAGGAACACCAUGAGCUGGAACAGUCAAUGGCUUCACAUUUAUCCAGCAGUCCACCUGUCUCUCACCUUCGGAAACGCAAUCCACGAUACUACGAUAUAUCUGAUGAUGAAUUUUAUGAUGCCUUUGAAGCAGGGUCUGAUGAUGAUACUUUGGUGACAGCUGGCUCAGAUAGUGAUACCCUCGUAUGUGUCCCUUCACCAACAUCUUCAAUCGCCACCCUUGCUUCUCUUCACUCCUUCCGGUCUGCAAUCGAGUUUGAUGAUGUCAGAUUCUCAAGGAACAGGAAACAUAUAUAA